UCAACUGCCUUUGGUAUGCCAUGCAAUGUGAAAAGCUGCAUAAACAUCUCAUCAAAUAAAAGAUGUGGCAGAAUGUUAACAGCAGAUGAAAAGAAUCGAACGAGAGAACAGAACAAUGUAAACUUGCAAAAAAGAAUAAAAACUUUGUUAGAUGAAGAUGAUAACACCUUUGGAGAAAGACUAAAUAAGUUAGCAUAUGAUGAUAAUUUUAGGAAACAAUUCAAUAAAUUAUUACAAGUGGAUCUCUUUCAAAAACGAUUUAACAAAUUAAUGCAAGACAUGCAUUUUCGAAAACAUUUUAACAAAUUAAUUUGUAAUAAUAAUUUCGAGAAACAUUUUUCUAUCUCACCAGAUGCAGAUUACAGUAAUCACGAUCAUUAUAACCCAUUCAAAUUUUCUAACAAUUUGGAAGAAUUUUUUGAUGAAUUAAAAAGUAAAAAUUACUAUAAAGCGAAAAUAAUUGACGAAUUAAAACGUCAUGAAGAAUGCAAAACACAACCGAAAAAUGAAAUGAAACGAACUAAUAACCUUAAAAGAGAACAAAUCGAUGAAGUAGAAGAUUAUAUGUCUUCUAAAUUAGAAAAAGAUGACAUUUCUGAAAGAUCUUUCGAAGGUCAUGUGUAUAAAGGAUUAGUAAAACCAAGAAAAAGAUCAACAUUAUCUACCUUCUUGAAAAAAGCAGAUAAAAUUUUUGAAGCAGAAGUGAAACGUUUUUUAAAGAAAAGAGCAGCUGGUCGUUAUUCGGAUAAAGGUCGAGGCAUCAUAGGAAAGUUCUUUUCACUUAUAGACAAAUACAGAUUAUUUAUUCCUGUUUUGUUAUUUUUCCCAUUCACUUCUUUAGCAAUCACAAUUAUUAUUUUUGGCAUAACUGUAUUGGGACCGGCUGUUUUAGGCUUAUUCCCAUUAGCAACAGCAGGAAUAACGUCUGGUUUAGGCUUAUUUUCAUUAGCAGGAAUAUCGUCUCUUUUAGGCUUAUUUUCAUUAGGAGGACUAAUGUCUUUUUUAGGCUUAUUCAUAUUAACAGGAUUGUUAUGCCUCAUUCUACCGUUAGUUGGUCUUGCAGUGCUUGUAUACUAUGUGAUUAAAUCGGAUAGUGGCAUCACCUGGAGAUAUAGCAUAUAA